GUUGCCGAGGCUGGGGCUGACACCAUGGGCACCGGGCGGGGGGGAGAGGCGGCCGGGCUCCCUGCGCUCCUCGGCUGAGCCCGGGGAUGUGCCGGUGCCCGGAGGAAUUAUUUUGGAACUAGCACGGAGCGGUGGGAGGAGGACGAGCGGCACAGCGUUUCACAGCUGCGAGGAAGUCGUCCGGCGGUGCUGUAUAGAUCUCAGUUGUUCGGCUUCAGCACAGUGGAGCAGGUCAUCUUCCCUGUUAGAAACAAAUACCACUUGCUGUGUCAUAGCACAUGGAUUUCAGGACCACCUGUGAAGAGACAAAGACAGGGGUUUGUUUGCUGCAGGAUGGUAACCAGGAGCCUUUCAAAGUGCGACUGCACUUAGCCAAAGAUAUUUUGAUGAUCCAGGAGCAGGAUGUGAUCUGUGUGUCUGGUGAGCCUUUCUAUUCUGGUGAAAGAACAGUAACAAUUAGAAGACAGACCGUAGGAGGAUUUGGAUUAAGUAUAAAGGGUGGAGCAGAACAUAAUAUUCCAGUGGUCAUUUCUAAGAUUUCCAAAGAACAAAGAGCGGAGCUUUCAGGUUUGCUCUUUAUAGGAGAUGCAAUUCUACAGAUUAAUGGAAUUAAUGUGAGAAAAUGCAGGCAUGAAGAAGUGGUACAGGUCCUUCGUAAUGCAGGGGAAGAGGUGACCCUAACUGUGUCCUUUCUGAAAAGAGCACCUGCUUUUCUCAAGCUGCCACUGAAUGAAGACUGUGCAUGUGCCCCCAGUGACCAAAGCAGUGGCACUUCCUCUCCCCUGUGUGACAGUGGUUUGCAUCUCAACUACCACCCCAACAACACGGAUACAUUAUCAUGUUCCUCAUGGCCAGCAUCCCCAGGACUUAGGUGGGAGAAAAGGUGGUGUGAUCUUCGAUUAAUUCCACUUCUUCAUUCACGAUUUUCCCAGUACCUUCCAGGAUCAGAUUUGUGCAGGCAAAAUGCAUUCCAAGUAAUUGCUGUGGAUGGGGUUUGCAGUGGAAUAAUUCAGUGUCUCUCUGCUGAAGACUGUAUUGACUGGCUACAAGCAAUAGCAAGUAACAUUUCCAACCUCACAAAGCACAAUAUUAAAAAAAUCAACAGGAAUUUUCCCGUAAACCAGCAGAUAGUCUACAUGGGCUGGACAGAAGAACGGGAACAAGACUCCCUUCAGGACCGAAUGUAUGCACCAAAGUUUCUAGCACUGAGGGGAUCUUCCCUAUACAAAUUUAUAGCACCUCCAGUCACAACCUGGGAUUGGACACGAGCUGAGAAAACAUUUUCAGUUUAUGAGAUAAUGUGCAAAAUUCUCAAGGACAGUGAUCUACUGGACCGUCGGAAACAUUGCUUCAGUGUCCAGUCUGAAUCUGGAGAAGAUCUUUACUUUUCUGUGGAACUAGAGUCUGACCUAACACUAUGGGAAAAAGCCUUCCAAACAGCAACUUUUUUAGAAGUUGAACGGAUACAGUGCAAGACGUAUGCCUGUGUUUUAGAGAGUCAUCUUAUGGGACUUACCAUUGACUUCAGCACGGGCUUUGUCUGUUUUGAUGCUGCCACAAAGGCUGUGCUUUGGAGGUACAAGUUUUCCCAGCUCAAAGGUUCUUCAGAUGAUGGGAAGAGCAAAAUCAAAUUUUUGUUCCAAAACCAAGAUACUAAACAAAUCGAAGCAAAGGAGCUGGAGUUUUCUAACCUGUUUGCAGUCCUUCACUGUAUUCACUCAUUCUUUGCAGCCAAAGUGGCUUGUUUGGACCCUUUGUAUGUAGGCAGCCAAGCCACAGCUUCUGCUGCUCCCACAACUUCUGGUACUGGCAAAUUAAAGUACACUACUGGACAUCCCCCAUGACAGCACUGCCACUUAACAACGAAACAUAAAAAUGUAUAAAUAUUCAUAAGAUUUAGACCUUUGGUGAACCAUGUAUGUGGAAACCAAUCCUGGAGGCAAGACAUCUUGCAGCAUCAGCAGAUAAAUGGUCACGUGGGAUCCUAAUUUCAUCUCGGUUCUGCAAGACAUCAGUAAAUAAUCCUAGUCAAAACCCCAGAAUAGGAUGGAUAUGCUUUUAGUAUUAUCUGUUUGUACUUACAUAGUGCUUUAAGCAACAUUGGAAGCAAAGGAAUAAAUGGCGAAAUGAAGCACUUGAGUAUUUAAUAAAAUAUUCAAAUUGCUGUAAUAAUACACAAAUAGAAUUCUCAUUUUCCUCUUUUCAGAUUUUUUUUUAUGACAACAUACUAAACUCUGAGUAUGAACUUAGCGCCCUAUCAUUAUAUUAUAAAUGAGAGCAAGCAUAUAGUACAUGGUGACAAAGGAGAUAAGCAUGAAAAGACAUUUGUGUAAGUACCUCCUCAAAUAAGAAAGCACUUUAAGCACUGUUGUAAAUCCAUACUCAUGUUCUUCCAUGGAGUCAUGCUACUUUUUCCACAGCAAACAUAUAGCCCUACUGAUCUGAUACAUUAAAAAUAAAACAAAACAAACAAGCUGCAAAAAGAAAAAACCACUUUUUCAUGGAUAAGUCCCUCUUCUUCAAGUAAAAAUAGUGGUAUAUGAAUUUAAUUUUAAUUUUAAAUUAAGUGCAAGUACAAAAAAUAGUUUAUCUUCUAUUUAUUUCCUCCCCCUUUUUUGUUAAGAAUUAAAUACCAAAAAUCUAAUUUUUUGUUCACAAGAUACUGAAAUUGUUUCAGACAACCCACCAUGGUUAACCUUGAUUUCACAUCAUAGGUGGAACUUAUGUUCCAUUUAAACUCUCAACAUACAGACAUUUUACAUUAUGCUUGAAAAAUUAUUUUACCCUUCAAAUCCUUAAUAAGUUUUUUUUUUAUGUAUAUAUUGAAAAUAAAAUACAGGAAUAAAUUGAAUAAUCUAUAAAGAUUACAUUACAGAAUACAUAAUUUCUUUGUUUUUUAAGACCACUACAUCACUCUAGAUCAAGUACUAGUUUCAGAAUAUCAUUUAAUGAUGAAAUAUAAAGGACUUUUAAAUUUCAAAUUAAUAACUUUGUUUCAUUUCAAUUUUAAAAUAUAAUUUAAUUUUGCACUGUGACACACACCAGUGAAGAUGAUGGAAAAAAGGUAUUUCAUUUCCGUUGUAGUUUUGGGGGUUUCUAUUUAUUGUAUUGAAAUCAAAAUUACCUUUUUUUCCUUGCCACUUAGACUUGUUAGUAGCAGUUAUGAGAUAGGGCCAUUGUCUUCCUUGUUUAGCAGAAAAACUAAUUCUAUCACAGUCCUUUUCUAUUUGUUAAGGUGAUGAAUACUUCAAAAGUGAAGCCAGGGGAGAUCUUAUCUGAAUGUGAACAAUUCAAAAUGCAAGGCAGGGACAAAAGAUGAAUGAAAUGUAGGAACAAAUAAUCUCUCUGGUUUUUUGCUUUGCGUUAGAAAUAUUUGGAUUUAGAUGUGUGAGAGCAACAUUGUUUUGAAGUAUAGCUGAUUUAAUUUGAAACUAGUUCCAAAUAAUCUGAAAAUAUCUGGGGGAGGGGAACUCUUUUAUCACUUUCAAGUGUCUUCUGGUACAUAUGUGCUUCUUAUUAGUAUGCCUCCAAGUUCUACACAUUUAUUUUCCAUCCUAAAUUCAGUGGAAUAUUGUAACUAUCCCACUAUUAAAUACUCUAAGUGGCAUCAAAAUCCAGCAUUUUCAUAGACACUACCAUGAACUUUUUAACAAAAACUGUCCCUAAAUAAGGGGGUCACAUCUGAAGGACAGAUAAAACUACCAUGGCUGUCCAUAGGACGUCAAGCUUGGGACACAAACCCCAGAUAUUUUGAAUCUAAAGCUAUUUAGAUAUAUCAAAACAGUUUAAGUUUAACAGUAGUAACUCAGACACUGCCCUUGUCCAGAAAGCAUAUACUGGAAACAUAAAUUUUGGCAGAGUGUUGACAGUGCUGAAAAGAGAAGCCUGAUAUCUUUUAAUGACAGUUCUCAGUGCUCCCAAAUUAUCUCCUCUAUUUCGCUGCAUUGCUGCGGCAUUCAGCCGUCACAACAGUGGCCAUGUGCUACCACUUCUGCUGGCAAAAGCAGAAUCUGGAACUGGUCAGCUGUCAGUUGAAUGUUUUUCCUUCAACUGUUCGUUGAUGUGCAGUUGCAUCACUGAAUCUGAGUGAUGUUUAAAGAGACAUGCAUGAAUGAGCAUAACAUUUGCCCAAACCAGCACAAAGUAUGUCAUUGCAAAUUUCUGUAGAUUAAGGAGUUGCAUUAUAUGAAAACCCCCCACAAAGAGUUUAAACAAGAGUGCUCAUUGUGCAGAAUGGAGUUAAUGUAAUGAACUUUUGGGACUCUACCAGGGUGUCCCGAAGAUCUCUGUCAAGAAUUCCGUUUGUAGAACACUUGCAUUCAUCACUGAGACUUUUGCAACUGGGCAUUAAAUACAGAACAUUUAAGAAACACAUCAGCCUGUAAAUUGGUUUUGUUGUUGUUUUUGUUGCUGUUUUUCUAAGGAGGUAAACUGGGGGGGGGGGGGGCUUCAAAAAUGCUUUUAUU